GAUGCUCACUCAGGUGCACAGAUCUACAUCCAGCUCAGAUCCUCUUCAGAGACUCUGUCAUGGCGGUACCAUGCAGAAGGUGUCUGUCCCCAUACGAAGACCUCUAGUCUCCACCCUGAGGAAACACAAGGAGAGGAAUACUUUCGGGGGCAUUGAAGUAGCUGAGGCUCUCUACUGGCGUCGAUGGUGUCUGGGAAAAGAAUUCACCAAACAUUUAACUCUGAAAAAUAUUUGUCUGAAAACCCAGAAGCUGAGAUUCAGACCACCCGCUACACAUUUCUUCAUCACUGUUUUCCCACAGCCAAUUAUUCUGAGCCCUGGGAUGUCUUUAACUCUGCCUAUCGUCUUCCGACCUUUGGAACAGAAGGAAUAUGAAGAUAGCAUCCUCUUUGAAAAGCCAGAGGGAGUAUUCUCUGUUGCAUUGUGUGCUAAGCUGCCACGCUUCAGCUUGCUAUUCCCAGACAGUAUUCAGCUCCCUCCCUGUGCUGUCUAUGACUGCACAUGGGCUUCGUUUACCCUGCACAAUGAUGGGGAUGUAUAUACAUGCUUUAGCUGGGAGGUGUCAACACCUUUCAACUUCAUUCCUUCCCAUGGCAUGUUGGAUCCAGGUCAAGAGUGCCCAAUAAAGGUGACCUUUCAACCUCAUGCAGCUCUGGUGCAUGAUGUGUCAGCAACAUGCAGCUUUGGAGAAACUCAGGAGCAGAAGUCCAUGAGACUAACAGCUGUUGCAAAAUAUCCCCAUCUGCUGGUGAAUGUGCUAGGAGACUCAUGCGAAGAAGCUGGGCAUAGACAUUUCCGGGAUGUGCUCUGCUUUGGCUCUGUUGCUGUUGGUAGCACUGUGGAAAGAUAUGUGGAGAUCUGCAAUAUGUCUGUGGUUAAUGCUCCAUUCCGGAUUGAAAGAUCAAAAGAAUUAAUGCUUCGUGACUGUGACUUCUUUUGCGAUGUCACCCAAGCCGUUGUUUCGGCUGGUGGGAAGUUUCUCGUCCCCUUUCGUUUUAACCCGAGGAUUGUGGACAUGAACAGUGUGGAUUAUUUCACUGUUGCACCUGCUGGGAAUGUGACACAUUCUGUGCUGAAGCUGACAGGAUCAUGCAAAGGUCCUGGAGUUUCUCUUCAUCCUUUUGUCUACUUUGACUGCAUUAACCUAGGGGAGAGCUUAACUCGGCCCUUAAACAUCACCAAUACUUCUGAUGUCCCAGCCUAUUAUCAAUUUGACAUUGACUGUAAACAGAGUAUCUUUUAUUUUGACCACCCAUGUGGAAUUUUGUCUGGGAUGUCCACUAUUACACUGAAGGUGACCUUCCAGCCCACCUAUCCAAUGAUUUAUUACCGAAGAGUGGUUUGCCUUGUACAUCACCAGGACCCAUUGUUCCUGGAUUUGUUUGGGACGUGCCACUCAGACACAAUGAAACCAGAAAUUCUAAAACUGAAGGACCUUAUAAGGUAUAGGACACAUAUGGCCCGAGGACUGACCUUUUACCCACCAGAUGUCCUGGGUACCAUGCUGAGGGAAGGCAAGUUGCUGCUGGAUCAAAAUGGAGCCCUCACACUUCCUCCAGAGAUGCUGGAGGACAAGGCACCUGAGGAAUAUCCUUCUCUUGAGCCCAUGGUUGAAUACUUCCACGAUGGAGUAAACAGUGACCUCACUGUGUUUCCUCCUCAUGUCAGCCUGAGCACCAAUGAGUUUGAUUUUGGCUGCUGCAUAGAGCUUCAAAAUAUACAGCCACUUCCUCUCUGCCUGACUAAUUGCACGAAAGGAAAGAUCACUGUCAAAUGGACAAACAAGCCAGAGAGUCCUUUCCAGGUGGCUCCAGAUAGUUGUGACAUCCCACCUCUUAAAUCUAUGGCUUUUUUUGUCACUUUUCAGCCUCCUCAGCUCAACUCUUUGUAUGCAGCAGAACUAGAAGGGUUUGCCUUCUACAAGGUGUUACGGAACUACAACAAUAUUGAAGAGCCCACCACCAUAUGCCCGUCGUGGAGCUUCACCGUCCGUUUGCGUGGACAUACUUUUGAACCUGGGCGACAGCACUUUAUCCCACAGUAUACUUUGGAAUCCUACAAGGUCUUUCCUCCAGUAUGCCAGAACACCACCACAUAUUGCAGCAUGCUGCUCUGCAACACAGGCACCACUGCCAUAAGCUUCCACAUGAGCCUGGAGAAGUGCCCUUCCAUUCUGAUCAAGCCUCACUUUGGGUUGAUUGCACCUGGAGCUCACCAGAUCCUCCUCCUCUCAACCUGUCCUCAGGAAACCUCUGUACAGCAGCAUACCUUGUCCCUGCAUCUCAACUUUUCUCCAUCAUUCACAAAGGAAAUCAUUCUCCAGAGCUGUGCUGAGCCUCUUGUCCUACUCUUAGAAGGUGAUGGCAGCAUCUAUUUCAAGCCCACGUGUGUGGGUCUCUCUUCCUCACAUACCUAUGCUAUAAAGAACUCCACUCGGCUUCCCAUGUUCUUCAAGUGGAAGAUCCAGCAGUCUGACAAAAAGUUCCUGUCUGUCCAGCCUGCUGAAGGGACUAUUCUUCCCAAUGAAGCUUUGGCUCAGACAUGGACCUUCACCCCUAGUGAGGAGAUAAAAUAUCUUCUGCGGGCUUGGGUGACGGUGUGGAGAGAUCAAGAGAUGCUGAAUGACAAAGCCCCAGAGAAUGUUCGUUAUCCACUACGAGUUAUCGGGGAGGGAGCAAUGGCCACCUUAACAGCACUAGAAGAGCAAGUGGAUGCUGGCAGUAUCUUAGUUGGCAGAACACAGUCAUGUGAAUUUGUGCUGUUAAACAAUGGGGCCUGUUCCCUAAAAUAUAUACUCAGUGUGGAGCAGUCGAUCACUGGACCGUGUGACCCUGAAGAAGUUGCCAGUGACACACUAGCAAUAGAACUUGACCACUACAGAGGAACAAUUCCUGCUCGGGGAAAGAUCUUGUUGCGAGCAACUUUUAGCCCAGCCCGUCAGUUGCACUACACCUGGACUGUCUUUUAUGCCCUCUCCACUGUGAAAGCCAAGGAACCUCUUGUAGAAAAGCAGCCAGUGUGUAGUGUGACAGCCACAGGCAUCUAUCCAUCCAUCUGCAUCACUGAUGCUUGCGGGACAGGCAGUGCCCGUGGCAUUUGCAAGCUGCACCUCUGGCAGCUUUUUUCCCUGGAGACUCUGAAUAAGUAUCUGGAGCGAGAUCCAACUCCGCAAGAGCUCACCUUCAGAGUGCCUACCAGACACAGCACACAACGGAUGCCCCCCGUUUACACCCCUGUCGUGCUGGAUUUCAACUUCGGCGCUGCUCCCGUCGGAAGUGAGCCCUCUGCGGUGGUGCUGAUGCUGCAAAAUAGUGGGGCGAUGCCUGUGAACUGGGCCUUUCUGUUUCCUUCCGACCAGAAGAUAGACAUGGAAUACUGGGCAGAAAGUGCUGAGUAUGAUCCCAGUGAGCUACACCAGAUGCGGAUCCAGGAUAACCGACUUUUUAGCAUUUGUCCCAAGUCAGGAAAUCUCCUUCCAGGGCAAGAGCAAACUGUACAUCUAUCCUAUAGACAUGAUUUCUUUGGUACUGACCGACUUCCGGUGUUGUUGAAGAUCUCCCACGGUCGAGAAAUUCUGCUGAAUUUUAUUGGCGUGACCUUGAAUCUAGAGCGGCACUACAUUCACUUCACUUCAACCAAGCAUGUGUUUACACCCAUUGCUAUUGGAACCUGUGACCCUCCUAAACAGAUCUAUGAACUAUACAAUGGAGGGGCUACGAAAGUAGUUUAUGAAAUCCAGGUGGAUGCUCUGAUGAAGGUUCAAGAAGAAAAUCAUCAGCAUGCAGUGUUUCUCUGUUUAAAUCCAAAAGGAGAGAUUGGCCCAGGCUUGACUGCCCAUACUGAGUGGAUUUUUGCCCCACUGGAAGCCAAAAUGUACUCCGUGGAUGUGCCCAUCCACAUCCUUGAGGGAGACUGUGCUCUGAUCACCUUCCAGGGCGUAGGCUAUGAUCCACAUGUUAUGAGAGAGGCGGCACAGUUUGAUAAAGUAGUGUCUCCUGUCACAGCACUAGGAUCUGCAAAAUUAACAGUGCCUGGCUUGGCAGUGUAUUUAUCUCAGCCCCGGAUUUGUUUUAGCAACAUCCCAGUUUACAGCAAAUGCAGCCGCCUCUUCUUUCUCAACAACACAUCUGAGAAGGAGGCAAUCGUUUUUACUUGGUACAUUGGAACUUCAAAUGCCAUGGUGGUGUUGAACAUUGUUCCAGAGACUGGGAUUGUUCCAGCUGGAGAGAGCACUCAUUGCGUUCUCACACUACAUACAAGUGAAACCCCUUGCUUCUACAAUGUUGAUCUGAUCUGUGAGAUUUUCACACAACAACCACUGGAUCAGUAUGAAAAAGAGCUGAAAGAAUGGGAAACUGAGAAGGCACGGCAGGCUGUGGAGUUCACCAUCACAGAAAAGGAUCUGCAUGUAAAGAAGAAUGUAAAAGAAUAUACCAAGGGUUCUUCAAAAUCCAUGGAGUCAGCAAAGUCCUUGAUGCCACAGACAGAGAUCCGGAAAUACAAGACUCUUCCCCCCAUUAAAAACAACAGUGCACCCAACCCCCCUGCCAGCCGUAGCCAGAGGAGACAAAUGAGGGACAAAGAGGCCAGAAAGCUGUGGGCCAAGCCAGAGCCCCCCCUGCCCUUCCUCAUGCACUUGGCAGUCACUGCCAGAUCUCACUCAGUCGAUGAUUUCCUGGACAGCUUCUCUGGUGAAAUGCCCCAGUAUUUCCUCUAUCGCCAACUUAAGACAACAGCGGCAAGAAAUAAUGCUUCAGAUAAAACACCUCUUGAUAAUGGCAAGAGCAAACGACGAACUGCAUUGGCUCCAACCUGGCAGGAACUAGCAAACUGUUCAAAACAGGAGGCGCAGCUAGUGACAGAUGUGCUGUCUACAGUAAUCAAGGGCUUGCUGGAGGAGACCCAGUUUCAUGAGGCAGUGGUGAGAAAUAUUGCUGAGCCCACACCUUACUUUUGCCAGUUUUGGAGUGAGGAGUCUGCCAAGCUGCAUGACAAGAAGCAGAGUUCUGGUACCUCCCCUAAAACUCCUUCCCCAGAAGUCAUUGCUAAGGACAAGAUAGGAGAGGAAGACACUAGGAGAGGGGAGGUAUCACCUUCAGGGACUUCAGAUGCUAUAGAGAGCCUAAGUGUCAUCAUUCGCAAGGAACAGUUCCAGGAGGAGAGAGAAGCCAUUCUCAGGAUGCCGGCAUAUGCAAAUCUGACAGAACUGGUACUGGACAAUACCAUCCAGAACAUUCUGGUGGAGGCCAGUCGUGGCGAGGUGGUGUUGACCGCAAGACCCAGAAUCAUUGCACUCCCUCCUCUUCUCUGCCAAAACUCCUCCGUGAAGGACCAGGAUACAUCAGCCAGAACUAAAGAUUUCCAUGGCAGCUCCAGUUCUAGAAGGAAAGUCAGGACAGGAUAUGAGGAAUACAGAGAUGUCAGUUCUGCUGAGUCCUGCGGCAGACUCUCCCAGCGUUUUGUAGCACCACCGAGCUGUAUGUCCAGCGAGAUGAAGGAUUCUGAUGCACCACGGCACAUCACUUUGCCCUCGUAGGCACCUGACAAACUCUGGGGCCGCCUGAGGCCAGUAUUUGCAGCA